AUCUUACCUUGCGGAAUUUUCUUCACAUAACCAACAACACCCUUCUUUCCCUACACCUGGUUCUUUUAAACCAUGUCUCACACAACUCAAAACAUGUCCCAAGAAGAGCUUAUUGCUUCAAAUGCAGAAUUAAAGGCUCAAGUUGAAUACUUGGUAAAAGAAGUGGCAAAGCUCACUAAAUUCAAGUUGAGUAUGGUUCAAACUCCAGAAGAAAGUGAAGAUGAAAACGAUGCUAGUUCUGUUGCUACCAUAAGAGCUAGAAAUCCAGAUAAGUCAGCCUCUGAUUUCAAGGUUGACAUGCCCACUUUCGAAGGAAAGAACGACCUUGAUGACUUUCUUGAAUGGUUAGAGACCGUUGAACGUGUCUUUGACUUCAAGAAUGUGUCCGAAGAGAAGAAGGUCAAACUCGUGGCGUUCAAGUUCAGAAAGUAUGCGUCAACAUGGUGGACCAACGUCACCAUUAGGCGUAGAAGAGAAAACAAGUCCCCGGUGACCUCAUGGAACAAGAUGCGAGCACUCUUGAAGAAGAAGUUUCUGCCCGAGAACUACAUACGAGAAAACUUUUCUAAGCUUCAACACUUGAGGCAAGGCUCUCGUUCUGUAGAGGAAUACAACCGAGAGUUCGAGGAACUCUUAUUAAGGUGUGAUCUUCAAGAAGAUUAUUCACAAACUUUUGUGAGGUAUCUAUUUGGAUUGAAUGUCCAAAUAGCUAACACUGUGGAACUUCAAGACUACCACACUCUUGACGAUCUUACAAAGCUGGCUCUCAAAGUUGAAAGCCAAAUCAAAAAAGGCAAGGCUGCCCAAAUGAGAAUCUCCUCUUCAAAUCCACCUUUGCUCCCCACCCCUUCAUCUCCUUCACCUUCCCUAGCUCCUUCCUCUCACCAUAAGCCCAUACUUCCAACCCCUACCUCAAAUAUCCAAAAUCAACCUCGGCACAAUCAAAAUAUCAAUCGAACUCUGAAAUGUUAUCGUUGCCAAGGGAAUGGUCACAUAGCUCAAGAUUGUCCCAAUAAGAAGGUCAUGACUCUUGUGGAGUGCUAUGAUGAUACUUUUGACCCUUCAUGGGAUAAAGAAGAAGAAGAGUAUGUCAGACCUGAUGAUGAAGAGCUUUUGGUCAUUCGUAGUGUUGGAGUUGUGCCCUGAUGGCCAACUGUUCAUCGUUAUCCUAUCAUAUAUAGGCAGAUAUAAUAUGUUUACACAUCUCAUGCUAAUGUAAACAAAUAUUAUAUUCCUAGAUUUAUAUUUAAAAGAUGUUUAUCAGAUAGUGUUAUUCUGCUGAUGAGACUAACAUCUUGAAAUAAAUAUUUAUCUAAAUG